AUGAAGACGGUGAUGAGAAAAGUUGGAAAGUAUGAGGUUGGGAGAACAAUUGGAGAGGGAACAUUUGCAAAAGUGAAGUUUGCGCAGAACACCGAGACUGGUGACUGUGUGGCUAUCAAGGUCUUGACCAAGAGUACAAUUCUCAAACACAAAAUGGUUGAUCAGAUAAAACGUGAAAUUUCCAUUAUGAAGAUUGUCCGACAUCCUUGUAUAGUCAAAUUGCAUGAGGUUCUAGCCAGCCAAUCAAAAAUAUACAUAGUUCUUGAAUUUGUAACAGGAGGAGAACUUUUUGAUAAAAUUGUUCAUCAUGGAAGACUCUCUGAGAAUGAAUCGAGGAGAUACUUUCAACAACUGAUUGACGCGGUUUCCCACUGCCACAGCAAGGGUGUGUAUCAUCGUGAUCUAAAGCCUGAAAACCUGCUCCUUGACUCCAAAGGAAGCUUGAAGGUCUCUGAUUUUGGGCUGAGUGCGUUGCCCCAACAAGGAGUUGAUCUUCUCCAUACAACUUGUGGGACUCCAAAUUAUGUUGCUCCUGAGGUACUAAGCCACCGAGGCCAAGGAGGUGGGCGCUUGAACGAACGAGACGACUUUUGGGGUCAUAAGAAAAGGGUUCAAGCCAGCGAGAAAGGCCGCGCGCGAUACGUGGGCCGACGAUACGCGUUAACCGGGUGA